AUUCAUUUGCAGCCUUGAGAAGGUGGGAGGAGGCCUGAGCCAGCAGCUGUUUUGCAACUGAAGGUCCAAGUUUAACUCUUGUACUGGAGUCCUGCUUUGUUCUGAAGGUCUAGUGUGAGGCCUGCACACUGGGUUUUAGCCUAUAUGGCAUGGAAGGGAAUGGCUGCAGCUUCAGAAAAAUGACUCUAAAAGCCUCUUUCCUCUUCAGUGUACGUUCCUUGGAGACUGAUGGAGAAACCAGAUGUUUCAGAUGCCUUCCACAGCAAAGUUAGCAGAAAGCCCUCUGUUACAAAGUCCAAGGUGUAUAGCUCCGUAGUACAGCUGCCGCUAAGGAAACAGCUCAGCAGCUCCUCUGUCUCAGGCUGCGUGUCUCCAGCGGGGUCGUCUUCAAAGCACAAGAAGCUUCUAAACAAAGACAAAGGAGGACUGGAAUCAAAGGGGGAGAAAAGUGGGUCCAAAGCGGGUACAGAAUGUGACCUUAGUUCUCCACUUCCAAGGAGAAUGUGGUGCAUUUCAGACUUCGAAAUUGGCAAGCCGCUUGGCAAAGGGAGGUUUGGUGCCGUGUACUUGGCCCGGAACAAAAAGACUCACUUCAUCUUGGCUUUAAAGGUCAUAUUCAAGUCUGCCAUGGAGAAAGCGCAGCUGGAACACCAGCUCCGAAGAGAAAUCGAAAUCCUGUGUCACCUCAGGCAUCCAAAUAUCUUACGGAUGUAUAAUUACUUCCAUGAUCGGACACGGAUCUUCCUGAUGCUGGAGUAUGCUCCCAGAGGGGAGCUGUACAAAGAACUUCAGAAAAAGAAGUACUUUGAUGACACCAGAACUGCAACUUAUAUGGAAGAAAUAUCCGAAGCUCUGAUAUACUGUCAUGCUAAGAAAGUAAUCCAUAGAGACAUUAAGCCAGAAAACCUUCUGUUAGGCUUAAGAGGGGAACUGAAGCUGGCAGACUUUGGCUGGUCAGUGCAUGCUCCAUCACUAAGGAGGACAACUUUGUGCGGCACCACAGACUACCUUGCUCCAGAAAUGAUAGAAGGGAGUUCCCACAAUGAAAAUGUUGAUGUGUGGUGCGUUGGCGUGCUUUGUUAUGAGUGUCUGGCAGGAUACGCUCCAUUUGAAGCGGCCACUCGGUUAGAGACAUUCAGGAAAAUAAGAGAGGUUAAUAUUACAUUUCCUUCUUGGGUGUCUGAUGGCGCCAGGGACCUCAUUACAAAAAUAUUGAACCGCACUCCUUCUCUACGACUACCUCUGAAAGCAAUCGUAGAGCAUCCCUGGGUGAAGACCAAUUCAAGAAGAAUUUUGCCACCUGUGUACAGUAAGGCAGAAGAGUGAGUCUCGGCAUCCUUCAGAAGACUGCAGAAUGUUCUACAUGUGCCUUCUCUCUCUCUCUUUUUAAAGACAACUGGUAGCAGUGGUAAAUGGCAGUCUAACUUCUACCCAUCCUCGCACUUUCCCCUAAACAAUCUGUGCAGUCUUCAUACUUGGCAAUGACUUUCCGUGAGGAAGUGACGCUAAUUUAAAGGAAGGCAAAAAAGCUAAGCUUUGUACAUUUCUUAACCUUUUUUUAAAUAAACAAGCUAUAUGAAAUCCAAA